AUGAGAACAGGAACGUGGUCGUUGGCUUUCGCAGCCCUCAUAUGCUCCCAAUGUCUUGCAGCACCACUCUCUUCUACAGCAGCGAAACCUGAGCGUGCAUCUCUUCGCUUGCCCGUCAGGAAGAGCCUUGUUACAGGAGGAGUCCAGCGUCGCCAAGUGUCAUCCACCCUCGAAAACACCGGUUACCAAUACCUCGUCGACCUUGAAAUCGGCACUCCAGCACAGGCCAUUGAACUCAGCAUCGACACUGGCAGCAGCGAUAUCUGGGUCUAUGGACCUGGCUCGUGCACAAGUUGCCUUGGGGGAGUUUUUGAUCCCACCCAGUCGACUUCAAGUGUCGAUGACAGCAAUCUCGGAGAAUUCUCAACAUCCUACUUUGACGGCACGGCGGUGUCGGGAUACUUUAUCGACGACACCGUAGAGUUCGGCUCAGCGACAGUGACGGGCGUCACACUGGCCGUAGCUACCUCCGCGGCCACAACGAACCGCGGCAUCAUGGGAAUCGGCUUGCAAGGCCUCGAGUCGAGCGAAGUCAAGUACCCUGAGUUUCUGGACGACCUGGCGAGUCAAGGCUUCAUUGACACGCGAUCUUACAGCAUCUACCUCGACGACCUGGAGGCAGGCAGCGGGUUCAUCCUCUUCGGCGAGAUCGACUCAACGCGAUACUCGGGCGACCUGGUCACACUGCCCAUCAUACCUUACACAGACGCAGCACCCCGCCUGCAGGUCGAAUGGACAUACAUGUCCGUGACCGACAACACGAGCGAGACGCUGGCCCUCACGCAGUCGACAUUCUCAUACCCCGUGGCCAUGGACACGGGCUACACGACGACAGUCCUUCCCGUGGAACUAUUCAACGCGCUCGCGACCGCCUUCAACGUCUAUACCGACAAUAGCGGCAACUACCUUGUGGAUUGCAACAUGCCGUCGGGAUAUUUCACCUUCGGCUUCGGCAGCGAUCCCUACGUGUCGAUCGACGUGCCGUUCUCGGAGCUCGCCGUGCCUGUCCCCGGAGAAUCGGGGACGUGUCUCUUCGGCUUCCUGCCCCAGGAGCAGAGCGUCAUCAGCUUCGGCGACACCUUCAUGCGCAGCGCCUAUCUGUACUACGACUUUGACGACAUGACCAUCAGCCUAGCACAAGCGGCUUGA